AUGUCUGCAAAGUCCAAAGAGAAAUUGGCUUUCUCCGCUCCAGACGGUUUGUACCAAUUCCGGACACUUCCGUUUGGGUUAUUCGGGGCCCCGGCCACCUUCCAGCGCCUGAUGGAUCGGGUGCUGCAUCCGCAUGCUGCGUAUGCUGCUGCCUAUUUGGAUGACGUCAUCAUCCACAGUAGCAGCUGGGCGCAGCAUGUGCAGCAGACCGAAGCCUCGGACGGAGGGCUGGGGGCCGUUUUGACCCAGCAGGUGGAUGGAGUCGAUCGCCCGGUGCUGUACAUCAGACAAAAAUUAUCACAUCGGGAGGCGAGGUACAGCACAAUUGAAAAGGAGUGCCUUGCCAUCCGGUGGGCGGUCGGUUCCCUCCGCUAUUACCUGCUGGGUCACCCAUUCACCCUCUGUUCGGACCACGCUCCCCUCCAGUGGCUGCACCGCAUGAAGGAUGCCAACGUGCAAAUCACCCGUGCUGCAAAUAAAAGGAUUAAGAUGAUGUCAUCAAUUGCCAAAAUUGCUAAGAGAGAAGAACCAAUCAGCUUUUGGGAAAUGUGUUCUAUUGAUGGGUCAACAGAAGUUUUCAAUAAAGUUAAACACACCCUCAUUAUGAAAGCUCCGUUGUUGUCUAAUGUUAGUCAAAUGGAUGUGAAAAGAGAGCAGAAUUGGACUGUGGAAGAAACGGUGAUGUUGGUAGAGGAGGUGGAGGCAAAGAAGGAAAUAAUUAAGGGAAAAUUUAGCCCCACACUUACAAGUCGACACAAAAAAGAAGUUUGGAAGCAGAUCGCAGACAGCAUUAAUGCGAGCUUCUCCUCCACCAUUCGGAGUCCACAGGAAUGCGAAAAGAAAUGGUACAAUGUUUUAUCCAAAGCGCAUCAGGAAAUCUCCACUGUCAAGAAGGCAACAUCUGGCACUGGUGGAGGUCCUGCGCCUAAACCUUUAAGCGCAGUGGCAGAAGUAGUUCUCCACAUCCUUGGAGAAAACAAUGCCACAAUCAGUGGAGUGGGUGACUGUCAGGAUGCUGCACUACUCAAACUGCAGGCCGUAGUAAGUAAUGUAGAUGAAAACACCAUCUCGUCCCCUCAUGAGCUGCCUGUGGAGCUUCCAGGACCAUCUGGCAUUCCCUCUCCAGCAGCAGGCCCAGAGCCCCGGCUCCCUGAGCCCCCACUGGCCACUGCCACUCCACGGCUCAACCCGGACGAGGUGGAGGACAUGGAUGCACUGCGGAGAGAAGAGUUGCGGAUGAGCAUAAUAGUUUUAAGGAUGAAGGAGCAUUAUUAUGAACUAAAAAUAAAAAAGAUGAAACCUUGCUUAUUGCUGUCUUUUUAA